AUGAAGGUACCGUCGGUAAAGUUGGAAGUGGACGGUGAACCCCUUUUCCUAAAACGACGCGUUCUCCCAUACGAUCAACGGGAAGGUGUCCUGAAAGCGUUACAGAAAAUGGAACAAAAUGGUGUGAUAAACAAAGUUGAAUCCAGUGCCUGGGUGACCCCGAUUAUCGUGGCGAUUAAAGUGAUAGUAGGACACCACGGAUCUGUGGAGAUUAUUGAAUGA